AUGCCGGCCUUCAACAUUCCUCUUUUCUUGGCUACGCUCGUCAUCACCUCCACUUGCUAUUGCCUCACUAUCGCCGUCAACAGACUAUUCUUUAGUCCUCUGACAAAGUUUCCAGGCCCAAAGCUGGCCGCCGUCACGGGCUGGUAUGAAGCAUACUACGAUAUCUUCGUCAAUGGCGGAGAGGGUGGCCAGUUCCCGCGACAAAUCGAGAGGCUCCAUCAACAGUAUGGUCCCAUUGUGCGCAUAACCCCCUCCGAGUUACACAUAAACGACCCAAAGUUCCUCUCUGAGGUGUACGGACACAGCACACGGUCGAAGCCAAUAGACAAGUCCGAAAAGUACAGGUAUCGAUUCGGCAUCCCAGAUGCGGUUCUUAGCACACCACUGGCCGAGCAGCACCAUAAGCGACGAGCGGCCCUAAACCCAUUUUUCUCUAAGCAGCGAAUUCGGAGUCUGCACACUGGGCUGACGGAAAUUGUUGAGCGCAUCUCGUUUCGCCUUUCGACCGAAUAUGCUGGCACCGGCAAAGUUGUGAACUUCAGUGAUGUGUGGUCAAGUAUGACAAUGGACACGGUGACAGCAUUUGCAUUUGGCCGCUCGACAAGCUGCACUGCGGCAGCAGACUUUGAGUCGCCACUUACUUUAGGCAUACAGGCUCUCGUGUGGUCUGGGCAUUGGAAUGCACACUUCAAGAUCAUAAACGAUAUUAUGAACUUAUUUCCAGCGCCCAUUCUGCUACAGCUGAUGCCGAACCUAAAGCCUAUUGUAGGAUUUACAACUAGUAUUCGGAACCAGGUUGCAGCUAUUGUAAACGGUAGAGAGGUCAAAGGAGUGGAUGUCAACCACCCGACUAUAUUUCACGAUAUACUCAACUCUAAUCUGCCCGACUCGGACAAGUCAGUGGACCGGUUGACACAAGAAGCGACGAGUCUCGUUGGCGCAGGGGGGGAAAGCACAAAAUGGGCCCUCACCAUUGGUACCUUCCACUUAUUGGACAACCCUGCCGUGCUUGCAAGGCUCAAAGCUGAGCUCACGGAAGCAAUGCCCGAUCCGAGUGUCAUUCUCUCCUACAGUGAUCUUGAAAGGCUCCCCUAUCUUGGCGCCGUCAUCCAAGAAUCUCUACGUUUGGCAUACGGCCAAGUCCAGAGUAUGCCACGCAUAAACCGUCUGCAUCCGUUGCAAUUCAAUGAAUGGGUCAUUCCGGCCGGUGUCACUGUUUGCAUGGAUAUUUACUCUAUCCACAACAACGAGACGAUAUUCCCAAACGCGUCAACCUUCCAACCUGAGCGGUGGCUCAACGAGCCAACUGGGCCUGGCGAACGCCCACUUUCAUAUUACCUCUUUUCUUUUGGCAAAGGGUCAAGAGGGUGUCUGGGUAAAGAGCUCGCAUACAUGGAGCUAUAUGUCGCCAUCGCAACGAUUUUUCGAAGAUUUGAGAUGGAGUUAUAUAAGACAACCAGGGCGGACGCAGAUUUUAUUUUAGAUAUGGUGGUGCCCAUGCCUCACCGUAAGAGCAAGGGCGUAAGGGCCGUCCUCAAGUCAAUAACGUAG